AUGUCAGGAGCCUCCCAAGAGGGCCCAGGGCCCCGGGGACUGCCAGUGUUGGGCAAGACCUGUUUAACCACCAUGGACAAAAAGCUUAGCAUGCUGAAUGAGAAGGUGGACAAACUCUUGCAUUUCCAAGAAGACGUCACAGAGAAGCUGCAGUGCGUGUGCCAAGGCAUGGGCUACCUGGAGCAAGGCCUGCACCGGCUGGAGGCCUCCCAGGUGCUGGCCCCGGUGGGUGCUGACAGUGCCCCUCCAGCGGACACUCAGGCUGGGUGGCAUGAGGUCCUGGAGCUGGUGAGGGCCGUGCGGCAGGAGGCCACCCAGCAUGGCGCUAGGCUCGAAGCCCUCUUCAGGAUGGUAGUGGCUGUGGACAGGGCCAUUGCUUUGGUGGAAGCCACGUUCCAGAACUCAAAGGUGGUGGAUUUCAUCACACAAGGCAGGGUGCCAUGGAGGAGAAGCAGUCUGGCUGAUGGCUCUGAGGAGAGCAAAGAGCGAGCGGAAGAGAAGGGAGCAAAACCCAAGCAUGUGCUGAGCACCAGAGGCGUGCAGGCUGACAUCAGGGGGCCCUGGGAAGAGAGCCAGAAGGCUGACCUGCCAGAGGGGGCGGUGGAGAGGCUGACUCCCAUCAAUGCUUCAGGGACAGGAGCUGACUUCCUUACCCGGGCAGGGGCCUCACUAGGACAGGGAGAUGGAGCUCCUGACCCAGGGCAUGAGUCCCUGGAUCACCUGCAGCUGCCCACAGCUUUGGAAGCCCAAGAUCCUGAGACAUCCAGUGAGGACCCCAGAACUGAGCUGGAAUUGGCUGUGGCACCCAACAGGAUCAGUGAAGGCCUCACCAGCCAGGAAGCUGCCCCAAGUGCUGGGCAAAGUGCAUCAUCCAGCAAACCUGAGCCACAACCCACAGAGGACAGCAGGAAGCUGACUGCCAGCCCACAACCCCCAGGCCCUUCAGGAUUGCCAGCCAUGGCCAAGGCAACUCACAGUGGUGGAGAAACGUCUCCAAGGAUCUCCAUCCGAGUGCAGGAGAUGGAUACUCCAGGGCAGCUGCUUGUGACACGAGGGGACAGCCUGAGACCCACAGUCCCUGCAGAGGCUGCAGUAGCUGCCCCUGCAGGUGAGCAAGACCCACUUGGUUCUGGAUACUGCCCUGAAAGUCCUGGGACUCAGUCAGGAGAUGAACCCCCUGGAGGGACCAGAGAACUUCCUGCACUGCAGGAGAGGAGCAGCAAAAAAGUUGCAAAGGCAGGAGAGCAAAGGCCUGGGGAUGAGGCAGUUGUGACACCACACUUGGCCAGAAGCAAUGAAGCAGAUGAUGCUGCCAGGACUCUGGACCUGCAGCAAGACAGAGGCCUGGAAGCAGGACAUCCUGAGCCUAGGAAGGACUGUGCAGCCGGGGGCUCCACGAGAGCUGAAGCAGGAGGGAAGACGCCUCCUGAUGCCAAGGCUGGUGGCAUGAUUCUGGAUGACAGCCCCGCCCCGCCUGCACCUUUUGAACACCGAGUGGUGAGCGUCAAGGAGACCUCAAUCUCUACAGGUUACACAGUACGCCAGAAUGAAGUCUUGGGAGGGGGCCGAUUUGGCCAGGUCCACAGGUGCACAGAGAAGUCCACGGGGCUUCUGUUGGCAGCCAAGAUCAUCAAAGUGAAGAGCGCCAAGGACCGGGAGGAUGUGAAGAAUGAGAUCAACAUCAUGAACCAGCUCAGUCAUGUGAACCUGAUCCAGCUCUACGAUGCCUUCGAGGGCAAGCACAGCUGCACACUCGUCCUGGAGUAUGUGGAUGGGGGUGAACUCUUCGACCGGAUCACGGAUGAGAAGUACCAUCUGACUGAACUGGAUGUGGUGUUGUUCACCAAGCAGAUCUGUGAAGGCGUGCACUACCUCCACCAGCACUACAUCCUGCACCUGGACCUCAAGCCAGAGAACAUUCUGUGUGUCAAUCAGACAGGACAUCAGAUUAAGAUCAUUGACUUUGGUCUGGCCAGAAGGUACAAGCCGCGGGAAAAGUUGAAGGUCAACUUUGGCACACCUGAGUUCCUGGCCCCAGAAGUUGUCAACUAUGAGUUUGUCUCCUUCCCCACUGACAUGUGGAGUGUGGGCGUCAUCACUUACAUGCUACUCAGUGGCUUGUCCCCGUUUCUAGGGGAAACAGAUGCAGAAACCAUGAACUUCAUCGUGAACUGUAGCUGGGAUUUCGACGCUGACACCUUUGAAGGACUGUCGGAGGAGGCCAAGGACUUUGUUUCCCGGCUGCUGGUCAAAGAGAAGAGCUGCAGAAUGAGUGCCACACAGUGCCUGAAACACGAGUGGCUCAAUCACCUGCCCGCCAAAGCUUCUAAAUCCAAAGUCCGCCUCAAGUCCCAAGUGCUGCUGCAGAAGUAUACAGCCCAGAGGAAAUGGAAGAAACAUUUCUACGUGGUGACUGCUGCCAACAGGUUAAGAAAAUUUCCAACUUGUCCCUAAUCUUCAACUCGGCUGCUCCAACAGGUCUGGAAACCAUGGAGGCAGGUGGCAAAGUGAAGAGAUAACUCAAAUUUUUGAAUAAUGAGGCCUAAAUAGCGAUUCCACUUGUCUUUGUAAAGCAAAUUGUAUUUAUGGCCCUCCUUGCAGAUAGAAGUGGUUGUAACAAAUUUGUGCGGAGAGUUUUGGUUUUGCCUCGUGAGAUCCCUGCGUUUGAAAUGCUGUGUUUACUUUGCAAAUACACCUGCUUUUGGUGAUAAGUGUAGGCAUGCUUCAGAUAGACAGGAAAGCCUACUCUGCAUAGCUCAAACUUCAAUUCUAAAUUUAACUGUGAUUGAAGAACUCAGUAGAAUUUUCUGCAGGAGCAUGCUAUUCAGUAUUCUCUUCUUCCAGUAACAAGAAGUCCUAAGGUUUCAGUUAGCUCGGUGCAAACUGGCAUUCACUGUGGUACCCUGCUGGAUUAUCAAGUGCCAUGGCUUUGGGACGAUGAUCCUCUAUCUUGUUUAACUUAGGUCCCCUUUUGGAAAGCAACAUCACUGUGUAGCUUUAAUAUUGUUUGAAAUUUCAAAAAUAUAUCAACUGUGAAA